UCAGGUAGGUGGAUCUGGGUGACAUUGGUCGUCCGCACCCGCUGGGGUUCAGGUUCAGAGAAGGCGUAAGUCUCGCGCCUGGAACUUUUAUUCUUUUGAACGUCAGGCCUCUGCUGCAAACAUGCUCCGUCAGAUCAUCAACCAGGCCAAGAAACAUCCAAGUUUGAUCCCCCUCUUUGUGUUUAUUGGAGCGGGAGGUACUGGAGCAGCACUGUAUGUGACUCGCCUGGCCCUGUUCAAUCCAGAUGUAAGUUGGGACAGGAAGAAUAACCCAGAACCCUGGAACAAACUGGGUCCCAAUGAUCAGUACAAGUUCUACUCUGUGAAUGUGGACUACAGCAAACUGAAGAAAGAAGGCCCAGACUUCUAAAUUAAAAAAUCCCUCACAAUAAAGCUGCUUAAAAUGAAGGUCUUUCAGAAGCCAUCCGCACAAUUUUCCACUUCACCAGGAAAUAACUCCUGCAAAUGCAUGACAUAAUUAUGUUUGUUUGUUGGAUUUAUUAUACUGAUUAAUAAAUCGCUGAAACUUGA